UGGGCCAAAAAACAUUUAAUGGGCCUUUCACUCCUUUGAAUCUCCGUCUCCUUCGUCUCUCUCUCUCUUUGCUCUGUUCUGCGCAUCAAUGGAGCAACCACCAGAUCGGAAAAACCGUCCAUGGAGAUUCUCAACAUUCAUCUACUCUUCUUCAAUCCUACUCCUUCUCCUUUCCAUACUCACACUCUCCUUCACCAAAACCAAUCUCUACAAAACCAAAUCCCUCUUCUCCAAUCCCAAAUCCAAACCUCCAAACCCACCGUCUCCCCCCUCCCGCUGCCUAUUAUGGAUGGCUCCUUUCCUCUCCAGCGGCGGCUACAGCUCAGAAGCCUGGUCCUACAUCCUAUCCCUCCACCACAACCUCAAAAACCCUAACUUCCGAAUCGCAAUCGAGCACCACGGCGAUCUACAAUCAAUACCGUUCUGGAACGGUUUAGCUAAAGAAACCAAAGAGUUAGCAAUCGAAAUGCACGAAACAGAGUGUACACCCAACGAGACCAUCGUCGUCUGCCACAGCGAGCCUGGCGCGUGGUAUCCACCGCUUUACGAAACUCUUCCUUGUCCUCCUUACGGUUAUAACGGAGAGUUUGUGGCUGUGAUCGGUAGGACAAUGUUUGAGACUGAUAGGGUUAAUCAGGAGCAUGUGGAGAGAUGUAAUGAGAUGGAUUACGUUUGGGUUCCUAGUGAGUUUCAUGUGGCGUCGUUUGUGCGGAGUGGUGUUGGUUUGGAUAAGGUUGUUAAGGUUGUUCAGCCUGUUGAUGUUGAGGUUUUUGAUCGGUUGAGGUAUGAUGAGUCUUUGGAUUUGGGGGAGGUUGGGGAUUUGGUUUUGGGGUCUGGUGGGGAGGGUUUGGGUUUUGUGUUUUUGAGUGUGUUUAAGUGGGAGAAGAGGAAAGGUUGGGAUGUGUUGUUGAAAGCUUAUUUAAGAGAGUUUUCUGGUGGAGAUAACGUUGCGUUGUUUCUGUUGACAAACGCUUAUCAUUCCGAUGGUGAUUUCGGGAACAAGAUUGUGGAUUUUGUGAAAGAGUUGAAUCUUGAAGAGGGUGGAGAAGGUUACCCUUGUGUUUAUGUGAUUGAUAAACAUAUAGCUCAAGUUGAUUUGCCUCGGUUGUAUAGAGCGGCUGAUGCGUUUGUGUUGCCUACGAGAGGGGAAGGAUGGGGACGGCCGAUAGUGGAAGCUAUGGCGAUGUCUUUGCCUGUGAUUGCUACGAACUGGUCGGGACCGACGGAGUAUCUGACGGAGGAGAAUGGUUAUCCGUUGGUUGUUGAGGAGAUGAGUGAAGUUAAGGAAGGUCCUUUUGAAGGGCAUCGAUGGGCAGAGCCGUCUGUGGAUAAGCUUAGGGUGCUGAUGAGGCGUGUAGUGAGUAACCCUGAUGAAGCUAAGGUUAAAGGGAAGCGUGGAAGAGAGGAUAUGGUCAAGAAGUUUGCUCCUGAGGUUGUGGCUAAGGUUGUUGCGGAACAAAUUGAAAGAAUAUUUGAAGAGAAAACAAGAACGUGACAAUGAUCUCACACAUUUUGCUUUAGGUUGAAUAAGGAAAGAGAAUAGCGAUUGUAUUUUCUCAUUUAGGAUUGUUCAAGAACCAAACAUACUGUAUAUCAAGAACAGCUUAUUCUCGAGUUUGUGUUUUUUUUUAAACUAGAGAUGAGAAGCGAAAGCUGACAGGGCUUGCUUGUAUGAUUCUUGAAAUCCAGUGCCUGAAAUAAGGAGAAUAGAAUAAGAUGAGUGGAGUAGUAGAAUUUACUAAACCACUCUCUUCAAGAAUAGCAAGUAAUGCAUCUUC